AUGCCCAUAAAGCCAUUCUCCUUUCCUCUCCCAGAAACACGAUUUUUCCAUACCACGAAAUAUGUGUACAAGUUCAAAAUCCGAUACAGUGCCCAUUUUUGCUCAGAAGACACAGAAAAUAAGUAUGUUAUGAGUGAAUUAUUGGAUUCUAUAAGGGCCAUACUUGGCAGCCUUGAUAAUUUGCAACCUUUCUCAACAAAACAUUUCAUUAUUUUUCCCUAUAAGAGUAAAUGGGAAAGUGCGUCUCGUCUAAAGUUUAAACACUGUCAGUCAUUUCUCCAGCCAUUUCCAUAUUUCUUCACAAUAUAUGUGGAGCCUUAUGCUUUAGUUUACGACUCUAGUGAAAGCUGCAGUGAGAAAAAUAGUCAGGUAUUUCCAUAUUUAAAUCUUUAUCCAUCAAGUAGAGAAGAUGUAUCAAUGGGGGAGUUAUCAGUAGUGGAUGCCUAG